AUGACGCUUAUUAACUACAUCGUGGCGCUUUUCGCAAUAAUUAUCACUGCUUCAACGCGUUUGAUUGACACCGAGUCCAAAUCUCACAUUCUUUCUCGAUUCAGGCCAGGACUGGGAGUACAAAUAAAACCAGACCAUGGUUCCAGACUGAGAUUAAGUAAAUAUAACUACCAAACGCUGUAUUUCAAACAAACGCUAGACCAUUUUAAUUUUGCAAAUAACGGUACAUUUAGUCAACGAUAUUUGCUGUCAGAUGAUUAUUGGAAUUCUAGUGGUCCUAUCUUUUUCUAUACUGGCAAUGAGGGCGAUAUCACAUGGUUCUGUAACAAUACGGGUUUUAUAUGGGAUAUUGCACCUCAAUUUAAAGCUAUGGUUAUUUUUGCUGAACAUCGAUACUAUGGGGAAUCACUGCCGUUUGGUAACGAGUCAUUCUCGGACCUCGAACAUGUUGGAUAUCUGACAUCCGAGCAAGCGUUGGCUGACUUCGCUACUUUGAUAAAGUACAUUAAAAGCAGUAGACCCGGAGCAGAUAAAAGUCCAGUCAUUGUGUUUGGUGGUUCUUACGGUGGUAUGAUGGCAGCAUGGUUCAGAAUGAAAUACCCUAAUAUAGUUGAUGGUGCAUUAGCAGCUUCUGCACCUAUUUGGCAGUUCCCAGGUCUGACGCCAUGUAAUACUCUCUUCACUAUCAUAACACAAGACUUUGUCAAAGCUGGCAGGGACUGUGCUGAAACUAUACAUAAAUCGUGGAAUGCCAUUAACAGGAUGAAGGAUCAGGAGAGUGGUCGUCAAUGGUUGACUAUGGCGUUUCAUUUAUGUACCCCUUUGAAGACACCUGCUGAUGUCAAUGACCUGUCUAGCUGGCUGUCCAAUACCUGGUUCAACCUUGCCAUGGUGGAUUAUCCAUACCCUGCAUCAUUCUUAGAACCGCUGCCUGCAUGGCCAAUAAAGAAAACCUGUUCCUAUAUGACCAACAGUUCAUUGCUAGAUAAACCGCUCCUCAACAGUGUUGCAUCAUCUCUGCAAGUCUACUACAAUACAACUGGCAAAACACAGUGCUUCAAUAUAUCACAAGAUGCGGUGUCUUCUCUGGGUGAGCUAGGAUGGUCCUAUCAGUCUUGUACCGAGAUGGUAAUGCCGAGUUGCAGCGAUGGCGUCCAUGAUAUGUUUCCUCCUAAUAAAUGGAACUUCGAUGACUUUGUUAAGGAAUGUCAGAAUACUUGGGGUGUCACACCAAGAGCUGACUGGAUUGUAACACACUAUGGAGGUAAAGCAAUAACGGCUAGCAGUAAUAUUAUAUUCAGCAAUGGAGAACUUGAUCCGUGGUCUGGUGGGGGCGUUCUUCACUCAUUGUCAGAGACACUGAUUGCUAUAGUGAUAAAGGAUGGUGCUCACCACUUAGAUCUGAGGUCUAAAGACAAAGGCGAUCCACAGUCGGUGAUUGACGCCAGAAAUCAAGAAAAAUAUCACAUUACAAAGUGGAUUCAGCAAGCCAGGGCUGAGAAAUGAUUGAUGUCAUUUUACAAUGUUUAUGACAAGGAAUAUAACAGCAUAAGGCAUAAUUUUGACAUUUAGUUUAAUAUCACGUCCAUUUUUUUGUUACAGACCCAAUUAAAUGCUAAGUUAACUUUUAAAUUGGAAGAAGUGAAAAAUUACGAUUUAUGUCUUUUUAAUAUUAUCAAAU